UUAAUGAAUUUAUUAAAUUUGGAGUCUAUUGCUAGAUUAUACUGUUCAAAGCGUGUGUUUGUUCUAUUAAAUGCUUUAAAUCCUUUAAAUUAUCUUCCCUUUCUUUUACAUAACCUGAACCUCAGCCAUCAAGAUCGCGCAUAACCUAAAAAUUUGACAUUUGUUGAAACUUUCGUAGAAAAAUAUAUUGAUCUAGAUUCCUUAUAUAAUUUAGGGUUGGUUAUUUUUUGGCUUUCUCUGUAUUUUGCUCAUAUUUAUUGGGAAAUUGGAAUUUAUAUUGAAAAUCAGUGGAGUGGUUCCGCCAUCUUUACAGGCGCGAUAUUUCAAAUCUGAGUAUGACAGCUGUUAAAUUUUGUUUUGCGAUUUCAGUGAUAAUAUCUCACAUAGGUGAUAAUUUCGUAAUUUUUAGUAAACCACGGUAUUAUAAAAAUAAAAAAAGUGUUUUCCCAUAUGGAAUUUACAAUUUAAGAAAUUUCGCUGUUGUGUUUACGUCAUCGAGUCGAAUGUCGAAAUGUCUAGUGCAGUGUUCGACAGGUCAGAAUCGAAAUUUGAUGCACCAAAAUGUGCAUUCAAACUCAAAUGACUUAAAAUUUGUGCAUCCUUUGCGAAUGAAAUUCAUUAUUACGUUUGUUAUUAAGUGUUAGUGAUCAAAAUUCUGAAAAAUAUGCAAUUCAAGCCUCAUGGAUCAACGCAUUGCGUUUUUGGUGACAGAACGAUUUUUAUAUCGACGAAAAUAUUUUCGACCAUCACGGCAUCACAAUGAGACUUGAAGCUGACGAAACUUGAUCAGUAAUCUAGGGCAUUUAUCGCGUCUUGAAAGACACUGUCCAGGAUUAGAAAUGCCCGAUGUACUUUUACAAAAUACUGCACUUCAUUCCCAGUCUGGCACCAAAUCUGCGAAUAAUGUUGGUAGUGUCUUUUACACACCAUUGACUUCAUUCGCUGUUACAACGUAGCCAUAAGUAAACAUACGGACUCUUAAGUGUUCAGUUAGUCCUUUAACUUUAAUUUAUUGAUUUUAUUUGUUGUCCACAAAGUCCAAACAUCAUGGAAGUCCUCAAAACGUUUCUUGAGAUGUGGUACCAAAUAUUUUUAUGGGCCCUCUUCUCUUCCAUUUUUGUUCACACAAUCGCGGGAGCGAUCUGCUUUGCCACCUUGCGAAAACACAAAUAUGGAAAGUUCUUCCCGCUGCUAAUUAUAAUAAUGGGCUUUCUACUACCGCUAACAUCAGGAGUUCUUAGUUCAGCAGCAGUUGCUUGUGUGUACAAAGCAUCAAGCUACCAAAUGUCACCUUUAUAUGCCUUAGUCUGGGGUAUCGGACAGACCGUCGUGGCUGCUUGUGUUGGAUUUACAAGAAUUCUAGCAACCUUAUAAUUUUGGAUCUUAUAUUAUCCUCCUACUUGCAAACAACGAACUUAAGUUUUUUAUCAAUUCACCUUUUAUAAGUCAAAGCACAAGUUAUCCAAGGCUGAAAUUCUAAAUGUAUUCUAUUCUAAAUUGUUGUCUUUGAAGGCUCAAAAUUCGACUGACCCGAAGAAAAGAAACAAUCAUUCUUCUAUCGAAUUUUGAUACUUUUGUUUCAUCCAAGAUUUCGUAGAUGUUUUUUUCUGUUAUUGUUAUUUUGUCUUCUAAACUACUUGUGAAUUGCGUAACGACAUCAGUAGUAAGCCACUUAGUCUCUUUCACAUUAGAAUAAUAAUAAAAAAGUAUUAAAAUAACGUGUUGCAUGUGCAGCAACGUACAAUUCAGCUAUUGGUUUCGUUACCUUAUAAUUGAUUUUUUUGUGGAUAAUGGAAGCUUCAAAAUCGGACAUCUCUGAAAAAAUCUAUGAAUGUUUGUAGAUCUUUUUAAAUAUUUAAUUAAUUAUCAAUAUGUCUGAUAAUCUGUGUAUGAAAGUCAAUUACAGUAAUCGAUUCGCUCUUCUUUUAUAAACUGACUGAAUUUAUUAAGAACUUCAAUAUAUACUGUACGAAAAGCUUUUUUCGCUCUGCUUGAUUGUGAACUUAUAGUCAAGACUAGAGAAAUUAUUUUUUAUAUUUUGUCUACAGAUUUUGUAAAAAUGUAAAGUCUCUCAUUCUGUGUUGCUUUGAAUUGAAACUUGGCUUUAAAUUUUAUUAAGUCUUAGUUUAAGAUUUUCUGCGGUAAAAACAAGUAGGCAUUAUAUGCAUAUACAUGUAUAAAUAAAAGUAUAUAUAAAAGAAGGCAUAAGGAAUAAGAAAUAAGUUAUGUAAAAAGGUCAGUUAAAAAAAGUGUCUAAAUGUACAAAGCGUAUUUAUAUAAAUAUCGGCGUGACUUUAUGUUUCUGUAUAUUAUUGUAAUUCACUAGUUCAGUUAUUAAUAAUUAGUUUCGCAAUAGAGUAUUCGCACGAAUACUUCAGCACAAUAGCUCACUGAUGUCUUUCAUAAAGUGGUUGGCAUUCCAUUGCAUUAAUUAUGCAAUAAUAUUGCAUUUUUCUUCAGAAAAAUGUGUCUCUUUAAUAUUAUUUUAUUAAGAGUUCACAGGCUGAUAGAAAUAAUUAUGCAGAAUUGGCUACCAAACUAUCCCAUUUAAAAAAUAGAUAUUUACUUUGUUUUAUAAGUAUAAUAGUUCAUAAUAUCAGUAACCUCAAUCACACCUAUCCGUAAAUUAAAUUUCUACGAAUCACUUGACACAUAGUUUUUAACCCUUUGGUGCCUUCAGAUGUGUUAGAAAACUUUAAAUAAUUUCAAAAAUGUAUUUUCCUGAAUUAAAAUAUAUAAAUACCAUUUUUUUUCUCACUGAGGGGUUGAAAUGAUAAGAUCUUUUUUAUGCAUUUGAUUUCUUGAAAAUUUUUAAGAGUUAAUAUUUAAUUUUUGAUUAAAUGGAAAUAAAAAUUAAACGAGGCAUGUAAUGCAUAAAAAAAUCUUCCGAAAUUAUCACGCUUGCGAAUAAAUGAUAUCUCUGCUGUUCUUUACGUUUGACUUGAUUAUUAUUGUAUUUAAUAUUUUGAGCGUCGCGAUAUGUGCUGAAUUUUGUAUUAUAAUUGCAUAAAGCAAUAAA